CUUACAUUUUUAUCUGCAUCCGACGGACGCGACCUUUUAGGAUCCACUUGCUGGACCUGCCUACUCGGGAUGGACAGCCAGGAUGAUGCACGGGGCGGAGGCGCUGCCAAGUCGGCCACCGUGCUGUUUGACGCGUCCAAGAAGGAGCAAUUCUACCCGACCAGCGGUCUCAAGAAGCUCGCGCGCAAGCUCAAGCCGCUGUGUCGCGUGGAUGUCAAUAAGGACGAUCUGUCCCGAGACCGGAUAAAAGACGCUAGCGUGCUGGUAUUUGCCGGUAUACGCGAGCGCUUCAGCUCCACGGAAUUUGCCACACUCAAAGAAUUUUUGAACGGCGGCGGCAGUAUCCUGCUCAUGCUGGGCGAGGGAGGCGAGCAGACGUUCGAUACGAAUCUCAAUGGCUGGCUCAAAGACUUUGGCAUCUUUGUGAACCCGGACGCAGUUAUCCGGACGGUCUACCACAAGUAUCACCACCCCAAGGAAGUACUCAUCUCUAGCGGCGUCGUGAACAGAGAGCUCGCGCGCAUGGUUAACGAGCUGUACGGAAGGAAAGAUUUAUUGAUAUCUGGACGCGAGGCCAAGCCGACAGGACCGGGCGGUGCGCUUGAAAAAGACCAGAAGGGACUCACUUUUGUAUACCCCUAUGGAGCUACUCUGACGGUCAAGAAACCAGCAGCAUCUUUAUUAUCAUCAGGCUUCAUUUCAUACCCUGUAAACAGACCCGUUGUAGCUGCGUGGCAAGAAGGCGGCGUAGCAGCACCAGCCUCAAAAUCAGGGCGACUUAUCGUGUUUGGAUCCGCUCAAUGCUUUGUGGACGAGUGGAUCGAUAAAGAAGAGAAUGCUAAACUCCAGGAGAUUAUUUUCCGCUGGUUGUUGAAAGACAAGAGCAUCAGUUUAAACCAUCAGGAUGCCGAAGAUCCGGAUCUGAACGAGUACGUUCGCUUGCCUGACACUCAAGCACUCAGUGAUCGACUACGUUCUUGCAUGCAAGAGAGCGAAGAACUGCCAAAAGACUUCACAAGACUCUUUGACGACUCGCUCUUCAAGUUUGACACGUCUCUCAUUCCCGAAGCAGUUAAUCUAUAUCGUGAGCUUGGCGUCAAGCACGAGCCUCUUACGCUCAUUCCGCCUCAGUUCGAGUGUCCAUUGCCGCCACUUAAGUCUGCUGUAUUUCCUCCAGCACUGCGUGAACCCCCUCCACCAGCAUUGGACCAAUUCGAUCUGGACGAACACUUUGCGAGUGAAUCUUUACGACUCGCACAGCUUACAAACAAGUGCUCGGACGACGAUCUGGAGUAUUACGUACGCGAGAGUGCCGAUAUCUUGGGUAUUUUACCGCGACUGGAUCCAGAACGCAGUGAUGCUAAGCACGUCCUCGAGUUUAUCUUUCAAAAGAUCGUCAACUUCAAGAAACUUAACCAAGAUACAGCUCCAGUUGUCGUGGGAUCCAGCGAUCUUAAUAGUGAGAACACUGGUAACAUGCGAGCUUCACUUGCAAACCUUGCAGAGUCCAAAGAGUCAAAGGAGUCGAAGGAGGACGACGAGGACGAAUAUGAUGCCAAGGCUUCCACGCCAUGAGGUGUAGCAAUUAUUGCACAAUAAUGCAGUAAUAUAACUGUAUUUUAAUUUCUUUACUUA